CAUAAAGAGUAUUUUUCCGAUACACGUACUGCCAUACACGUCAAAUUCCGCACUCGCUUUAACGAAAGAUAAAUAAAAGAUUUUUUUUUUAAAUUGUAGUCUUCGCUUAUUGAAUACCUCGAAUCAGUUAAGAGGUUGAGUAAUACGUAAAUCCUGAUUAGGCUGUUCAAAAUCAUGGAACAAUUCCAGCACAUCUUUGUUACAUUCGUACUGAUAUCAUGUUUCGGCUUAUCCGUGUUAUCUGAAAUUCCGCGGCCUAGAGGUGUUUCUCUAUCCAGAGCCAGUCUUUACUCACCUGGCAACACAUUUGCCUGCUUAGAUGGGAAAAAAGUAAUAAAAUUCACUCAGGUCAAUGACGAUUACUGUGAUUGUCAAGACGCUUCCGAUGAGCCGGGAACUGCCGCAUGUCCUCAAGGACAAUUCCAUUGUACAAAUGCUGGACAUAAACCAAAAAACAUUCCAAGUUCUCAAGUUAACGACGGUGUAUGCGAUUGCUGUGAUGCUUCCGAUGAAUAUCAAUCCCAAGCGAAUUGUGUGAAUAUUUGUAGCGAAUUAGGUAAAGAGGAAAGACAGCGUGAGAGGGAGUUAGCUGAACUAGCCAAAGUGGGUAAUCAACUUCGUGCUGAUAUGGCAAGUAAAGGCAAAGCAUUAAAAGACCAACACCGAGCCCGUUUAAUCGAGCUACGAAAACAUCAAGAAGAAGCCGAAAUACUCAAAACCGAACGAAUGCAAAUAAAAGACGAAGUUGAAGUUAUGGAACGAGCCGCAUUGGAUGUGUACAGGGAAAUCCAGGAGCGUGAGGAUAGAGAGAAACGAGAAUUGGAACAGGAAGAGAAUGCCAAAGAGGCUGAAAGUACAUUCACCAAAUACGAUUCGAAUGGUAAUCAGCUGGUCGAAAUCGAAGAAAUACAAACCCGCAUCGCAUUUGACAAAAAUCGAGACGGUGAAGUUAGCGUAGAGGAGGCCAAAUACUUUCUGGAUGAUCACGAUGCCGUUGAUUUCGAAACAUUCAAAACACUCUGUUGGCCGAAAAUUAAACCGUACAUGAUGCUCGAUUCCGGUCUAUUCAAACCACCAGAAUCGGUGGAAGAGUUAAGGGAAAAUGAAAACCCAGAACUUACGUACGACAACAAUGAUGUGGAUGAAGGUGGCGAUGAACAUAGCGAUGACGAUGCAGAAGAGGAAGAAUAUGAAGAAGAGACUGGCGAAGGAGAGGUCGAACUGGUCGAUCGAGAAACAACCACCAACGAGCCGAUCGAAUACGAUGCCGAAACAAAGAAAUUAAUCGAACAGGCCAAUGGUGCACGUAAUCUAUUCCUAGAAGCUGAACGUGAAUUGCGUGAAAUCGAAACUGAAAUUGGAAACAUUGAUGAUUUACUCAAUAAGGACUUUGGACCGAACGAAGAAUUCACUCCAUUGCACGGCGAAUGUUUCAAUUUCGAGGACCGUGAAUACGUCUACAAAGUUUGUCCAUUUGACAAGGCCGUUCAACAGCCCAAGUCUGGUGGCGCUGAAACGAGAUUGGGCACUUGGGAUCGAUGGGACGGUGCCACGAACAAAUAUUCCACUAUGGUCUUUGCCAACGGUGCAUCGUGUUGGAACGGUCCGCAGCGAUCGGCAACGGUUCACUUAGAAUGUGGAUUAGAAACAAAAUUGACAUCCGUGGCCGAACCGAAUCGUUGCGAAUAUGUUUGCACUCUGCAGACCCCAGCCGUUUGUCAAAUUAAUCCGACUGGUGAUACGAAUGAAUAUGAGCACGAUGAACUCUAGAUAAUAUAAAGUAGAGAAAUAAGAGCACAGAAUGUCUACAAUGGAAUAUUAGUGAGAAUGGAUGUGAACAAAAGAUUGAGCAAAUUUGCGAACAACAUAAAAGUGAUUUUUUCAUUAGUUUUAUCGUUAUGGUUUUGAUCACAAUAAAUUAAGGAAAAAAACGUGUGA